AUUGCGCAACGAUUGCGAGGUCCACCUGUCAUCUAUAACUGAGUACACCCUCCUACCAUGGCCCCUUCAGAGUUCCGUCGGCAUCCUAACUCCCUCGCCGACACUUGUCCCUCCGGCUCAAGCCCUCGCGACCCGAAGCCUCGAGGAAACCGGUAGUCGCCAACAUGGUUCUCGACGCUUACACUUACGUGUUCGCCAUUGGCACCUGCUUUGCCUUGCUUGAGGCUUACAACAAUGGCGCCAACGAUGUCGCAAACGCGUGGGCCACCAGUGUCUCGUCGCGGUCCGUGACGUACAGGCAGGCCAUGAUCCUCUGUACCAUCUUCGAGUUGACGGGCGCCCUCGCUGUCGGCGCAAGGACGGCCUCGACCAUCAAGAACGGCAUCAUCCCUAGCAACGCCUUCGGCGACAACGCUGGCGUCCAGCUGCUCGCUUUUGCCUGCUCCUCUGCCGGUGCCGCCAUCUGGGUUAUGUGGUGCACGCGCAACUCGGCACACGUCUCGUCCACCUACUCGCUCGUUUCUUCCAUCGCCGGUGUGGGUGUCGCUGCUGUCGGAGUAAGCAAGGUACAGUGGGGUUGGGCCGACGGCCAAGGUCUUGGUGCUAUCUUCGCUGGCCUCUGCAUGGCCCCCUUCAUCUCGGCAUGCUUCGGCGCCAUCAUUUUUGGGCUCAUCAAGGUGACGGUCCAUAUGCGGAAGAAUCCCGUGCCUUGGGCCGUCUACACCUCGCCGUUCUUCUUCCUCAUUGCCGGCACUAUCUGCACGCUUUCGAUCGUCUACAAGGGCUCGCCUAAUCUUGGACUUGACAAGAAGCCUGCAUGGUUCAUCGCCUCGGUCACCCUUGGCGUUGGCUUCGGUCUUUGCAUCUUGUCCGCCCUCUUCUUUGUCCCUUACGUCUACUGCAAGGUUGUCAACAAGGACUACACCCUCAAGCCAUGGAUGAUCAUCCGCGGUCCGCUCCUCUACAAGCGCCCUCCUCCCCCCGACGCCGCAAACGUCAAGGCCAAGGUUCCCAAUUAUGCUGUCAUCCAGGAGGAUUCGCAAACCGAUUCCGAUUCCGAUGCUACCGAGAAGAAAGUCGCAGCGGUCGACGACAUCACCCCCGUCGCUCCUGGCUCCUCUGCCAACUCGGACAGCGAGAAGGGCGCCGCCCCCUCCAUCGAGUACACGUACGAGCAGUACCAGCAACUGCUCAAGGAUGCCGAGGAGCGUCACAACGCCAACCUUCGCAAGCAACCGGGUCCCCUCGGCUGGGCGAUGCGCACCCUUCACAAGAACAGGCUCCAGGCGGGUUCUAUUCACGAGACACAUAACCUGAUUGCCAUGGUGAAGCGCCUUCCGGCUAUGGUGGUCGCUGGCCUGCUCUACGGCACCCACUACGACAUCCACACCGCCCAGGUCGGCAUCCACAACUCCCCCGAAGGCCGCCGCAUGGAGCGCGUGUACAGCUACGCCCCGAAGUACGCCAACGAAGUCGAGCAUCUCUACUCAUUCGUCCAAAUCAUUACCGCCUGCACCGCCUCUUUCGCCCACGGCGCCAACGACGUCGGUAAUGCCGUCGGUGUGUGGGCCGGUAUGUACGCUGCUUGGUCCAAGGGCAAGCCCAGUGCCUCCAAGGAAGAGGUCCCAAUGUGGCAGCUCGGUAUUACCGCCGCCGUGAUUUGCAUCGGUUUCAUUACUUAUGGCUACAACAUCAUGAGAGUCAUGGGUAACAAGCUUACCUACCAUUCGCCCAGCCGUGGCUCCUCUAUGGAGAUGGGCGCCGCCAUCACGAUCCUCAUCUUCUCUCAGUACAAGCUCCCCGUCUCGACUUCCAUGUGCAUUACCGGCUCAACUGUCGGCGUCGGUCUUUGCAACGGCACCUUCAAGGCUGUCAACUGGAAGCGUGUCGGCCUCCUCUUCUUCUCAUGGGUCAUGACCGUCCCCAUUGCUGGUCUCAUUGGCGGCUGCCUCAUGGGCCUGGCUGUCAACACUCCUCACUGGUAGAUGCUACAUGGUUAAGAAGCAUUCCUUUGAAAGUUCAUCUUGGUUGGGUAACGGUAUAGAUAGAUUCAUAUUCUAGGCAGCCUGGAGUUGGGGUUUCGCAUAUACAUAUAUAUUGAAUCUAUUUCUUU